CAUGGAGCGCUUGCCGCGUCGAAAUACAGGCUCAUUUCGCACACCAUUCACCAACGUCUUCUCGACGCCGCAUUACUGCCAACCAUUCUCCGCUCCAUCCGCGCCGCUCUCUUCCCCAACAACGCCCCCGGCGUCUCGACCUUGGCGGCCCCCUCUUCCGACGAGGAGCUGCGUUCCUUACGCCGCAGGUGCGCUAGCGCCAUGCUAGCCAGCAUCCCGCCCUGGUUGGCUGGCCUGUAUCUAGGCGGGCGAGGCCUUGGCUUCCGGUGGCGGUCCGGACCGGAGUCAAGGCCUGGUGCUGCUGAUGAUGCUGCUCCUUUGCCCAUGAGCGAGAGCGAGGCCGAUGUUCCUGGCAGGGGUGAUGCCACUAACGGGAACAGAACUAAUGAUUUAGGUAAUGAAAGUAAAGAGAAUGAGGACGAGGAUCAGCAGCGAAUGCUGGCCGAGAUCGAAGAGAGCAUACUCGAUAUCUUCUCAGACGAAUACUGCAAUAAGCACUUGGUGUACAGCAUCCUGGAGCUGAUUCUGGUGAGACUGAUGCCGGAGCUGGUGGAGAAGGGCGUCGUUGAACUCUGGGAGGAGCGUCUGAGUCUGUGA